AUAAAUAUGGAUUACCAUCUGUUCUGAACGUCUGGAUUUGCUAUUGUUGUACAUUUAAAGACUGGUGCAGCAGUUACAAGCUCUGCUACUGUGCAGGACAGCAAAUGUAAAGAGAAAAAAACUUGUAGCUUUCAAAUACAUUAAGAUAAUGUUGGUGGAAAAAAUAGUGAAUAAACUACAGAACCAUGUGCUCUUCAAGAACUGGGCCGUGGAUCGUCUGUGGAGAUAAAUUAAUGACUGUCCCACUUGUUAAUAAUGGAAAUCCUUAGUAUUGAUCUGCAGGCCAAAGAGUAUCUGAGGUGCUCUGAAUUCUACUAGAAAAAAAUCAUUUAUUAAUGCACAGAUAGACCAACAUAUUUUGACUCAGAGACUGAGUGUGAGUGUUCACCAUCGAGUCGAAAUGUUGCUUUUUUCAUGUGAUAAUGACAUUUUUAUUGUCAAAACUCGGACUGUUGACUAAUACUAAAGAUUUCCAUGAAUCAGAAUUCAGACAGUUGCUACCGUUUUAUCUUCUUUAUCUGAAAAAAAUAGCUAAAAUAAACUCACUUAAAUUCUCAGAUAAAGUCAAAAUAAUGAUAAAUAAACACAUUACAAUAAAUAAAGAAAAUUAAUUUGGUAAAAUCAUGAGAAACAUUGCAUUUUUUUUUUCCAGAGUAAGUAAAAAUUUGUGAAGUUCUAAGUCAAGAUUCUCAAAUUAUUCAUUGUUCCCAGAGGAUGAAUCCUGAGUUUUAGUGGCGAUUUGAUUUCAUCAUUUUGCCCCUCUAGCGCCACCCUCAGGACAAAGCAUUUGUAAUACUGUACAUCUCGAACUAUCCUAAUGCAACAGCCACAUUUCAAAGGAAAAACUGAAAACAGAAUGCUCAUGGUUCAAUGAAGAGAAACCCUUUUGGUUUCAACUCCCCUAAGGGCAAAAGGUGCACUUUCAGUCUGGUUUGUUGACACAGAUGAUUACAUCAAUAUCUCACUGGAACCUAAUUUCACCUGCCAUUUUAUUUUUGCUACUGUGUCACUAUAUUUCAAAAUAUAUAAAAUAUUUGCAUCAAAAUUAUGAUUAAUUAUUCAUAGUUCCCAGAGGAUAAAUGUAGAGUGUUAGUGGCAGCCUUCAUAUUGUAGUUCUUGUGGCACCACCUUCAGGACAAAACGUGUAUAUUAUAUAUUUACCUCAAUAUAACAGACAUUUUCUGGUGGAAGAACUGUACAGAAUAUUCAUGGUUACAUGAAGAUAAACCUUUCUGAUUUCAAUUGACCCAUGUCCUCUCCACUUGCACCAUCCUCAAGGCAAAAUUCACACUUUCAGUCUCCUUGGUUACACAAAUGAUAACAUUAUCCAUCUAAAUUUCACCUGCCAUUUUAUUUCCAUGUCACCAGUUUUAUACCAAAAUAUAUAUUAAAAUUGUAUAAACGAUUCAUAGUUCCCAGAGGAUAAAUCCUGAGUGUUAGUAGCACCCUUACCUUUAUUAUUUUGUAGUCCCUCUACUGCCUCCUUCAGGGCAAAGCAUCUCUGUUACAUCUCAAUCUACUUCAAUUUAACACACACAUUUCUGGAAGAAGAACAGUUCAGAAUACUUACGGUUCCCUGAAGAUAAACCCCAAUUGUGCAGUUUCAGUCUUGUUUGUUUGCACAGGUGAUAACAUCAUCAAUGUUUCAAUGAGGUCAAGUUUCACCUGACAUUUUAUUUGGUUCUAUGUCAUCAGUUUUAUGGUGACAUUAUAAAGAUUGUCAUAAACUAUUCAUAGCUUCCUGAGGAUGAAUCCUGAGUUAUAGUGACUUGCUAACAUUUUCAUUUUGAGUUCUUCAUAUAGUCUCUGUAACAUCACUUUCAGGACUAAACAUCUGUAUUAUAUUUCAAUCUAGGUCAAUACAACUACAUUAUAUUUCUGGAGGAAGAACAGCACAGAAUACUCAUGGUUCCUUGAAGAUAAACCUUUUUGAUUUCAACUACUCGAUAUCCUCUCCACUAGCACCACCCUCAGGGCAAGAUUUGCACUUUCAGUCUUGUUUGUUUGGACAGGUGAUAACAUGACUAAUAUCUCACUGAGGCCGAGUUUUACCUGCUAUUUUUUUGUUUCCACGUCACCAGUUAUGUAGAAGUAGCUAUACAGGACUUGAUUUGCAAAUGAAGAUUUCAGGUCUUCUUUUAACAUUCAGAUCAGACAAAAUUUGAGUGGAUCUGCAUGCAGGGGAACAGUACGAUCUGCCAUUGGUGAGUCACCAGCCACCACUGAUUUGCAUGAAGAAGACCUCGACUUUCACCUGCUCGUUUUCUCAACAGUUGCGCCUUUCAGUCGCUGCCCUGCAGCUCAAAGGAAAUAAACGGCGGCAAACUGCUAUUAGUGAGACACUCGUGUGUUAUGAGUCACUGGUUUGGCAGGUGGAGGCAGUUAAUGAAGCUCUGAGUUCUACAUUUUCUACAAUGAGGGACUGAGUGCAUGGAAACUUCCUCUUAUCCGAGCUCCUGCUGUUUUCCAUGUUACAGUGAAGUGAGACCUAAACGCAAAGCAGCUCUGCAGAAAUGAGCCAGGCAGCUGACGAUCUGCUGAUCAUCUACGAGACCGAGGCGAAGCAAUGGGCGACCUACCUGCAGUCCCUUUUCGCCGGUUCCAUCCCAGAGGCCGGGAUCUGCUGCUACGACAUCGCCACGGUGUCCAGCCGGAGGGACGACUUCCUCAGGCUGUCCCGCUACACCUGCAAGCUGCUGAUCCUUUCUAAAGGCAUGCUGGAGAGCCUCUGCCCGAUGCAACGCUUCUUCCUGGGCCGGGUGUUGAGUCCGGCGGCCCAUGUGGUGGUGCUGCUGUGCGGGGUGGAUUCCCUGACCCCUCUGCUGGAGCUGGUGCCCCUCAACGGCGACAAGUGCCUGCAGAUCUCCAGCGAACAAGAUGCUGCAGAGUACCUGUCCGCUGUGACCGACAUCGUGAGAAAAGGUGUAUCAGCCUCCGCAGCAAAUGCCAACCUCUUGACACGUAAACCAUCAGGAUCAGAGCAGAAGGCGGAACAAACGCAGUCAACUGGAACUGACAGUGCCAGAUCCAGCUUAAUGGUCAUUCCUCCCAGAGUUCCCUGCGGGAGCUCCGCGGAGGUUUUCAUUCUUUUGAGGAAUGAGGCGGCCGCUAGCAACGCCGAGGUUGAGUUUAGAGGCGAAAACCAGACGCUGAGACUGAAGCCUGUCCGCUGGAACGAGCGAAUCCUGUGUGUCAGUGCUCCAGAUUUUCCAGCAGGGAAUGUAAAAGUGACCAUUUUCGGUGGCGGAGUGGCUCUGAAAAGCGCACAGCUGCAGUACUACAGCAGCAUGGAGGAGAUCACCUGCCUUCUGUCGAGGGUAGCAGACCCUGUAGAUUUCAUGUGUCAGGCUCUUCAGGUGUCCUCUGUGGACAAGCUGGAUCAGAAGUUGGCCUCCAUGCUUUUGGAGGCAAUGCCCACCGGAGGCUUUCAGGCACUGCAGAGUGAAAACACACCUGAAAGAGAGCUCCACCAUGCAGAUGUCCCCUCGCUCCUUCACUUCGCUGCUCAGUAUGGAUUAAGGAGCGUCUCCAGCCUCCUUCUGCAGUGUCCAGGUGCUGACCGAGCGCUGCACACGGCCAAUCGCCAUGGACAGACUCCCACUGAGAUUGCCAAGAGCCACGGCCACACAGAGCUUCACGUCUUAUUGAAAGAGACGCUGAAUACGUUGAACUCAGGCGAGGACAAUGGUGAUUCCAGUGUCUACGAAAUGAUGUGCAACGCAGAUGUACAGAAACAGCAAGGCGGCGAGGAUAAAGAGGGGGAGGAGGAGGAUCUGUACGCGCCACUGGGGAUGAAUGAUGAAUAUGACACCUUCCUGAACUCCACAAAAGCGGUGCUCGUUGCCAAUCGCCCACCAGCACCCACACCUCGGCCCGAGAGCACCCAGGUGAAGGAGAGCGAAACCCCGUACAUCGCUCAAGUGUUCCAGCAGAAGACGCUACAGAGUGAUGCUGAUCUCUACUCACUUCCCACUAAACAAGCACGCGGUCGAGACGACAGAAAGAAUUCAACCUACGACACCUUUGAGCCAAACAGAAUCCAGCAGCUCAUUGAGCAGAGAAGGAAGUCAGGUUUACUCACCGUGGACGACGCUGCUGAGAAGGCCACGGACGGCAGGCAGCAGGAGAAGUUGAGUCAUCGGAGAGCCAGUAUCAUCAACAACAGAGCGGAUGAUGACAGUGUAUACGAUAAAAUCAACAUCGUUCAUCAGGCGCCAAGUGUUACGGUGAAUGAAAGUCGGAGAGGAAGCCAAACAGUGGAGUCGGAUUUUUACAGCAAGCCACUGAAAGGACAGCAGUCAUAUUUCUUUCGGAAAGCCGACAAACGAUGAAAGGCUCCAUCACCCAACAAAGAUCCCAUUACUUCACCAAUUGUACCACAUCUAAUCUGAUUAAACAACAAAAUGUUUUCUUUUUAAACUUAUAUUAUCAUCUUUGUUUUAUUUUUCAGCCUAUUGAGAAGUGAAAUGAUAAAUAUUGAUGAUAAAGUUACAUGUAAUAUGCAGCAUAUGAAUGCAAAUGCACUUUUUCAGUGCUUUUCAAUCCUAAUUUUGUAAAAUGGGUGUCUACAGCUACUGCUUUUUAUAAUUUCAAAGAUUAACCCUCGUGUCGUCCUGCAGGUCAAAAUUGACCCGUUUUAGUUUGAAAAUGUGGAGAAAAAUAUACAAUUUCACAGUGAAAACUUCCGUAUUUUCAACAUUUUUGGGAAAUUCUUUAACAUUUUUCGGUGGAAAAUAUGUUAAAAAUGUUUAAGAACAUUCACACAAAAAAUCAACCAAAAUCCAGCAAAUUUUGCUGGAUUUUGGUUGAUUUUUUUGUGAAUGUUUUUAGAGAAAAUAUUACAAGUUUUACUGAUAUAUAUGGAAUCACUUUAGAUAUUUGUAGGAUCUUUUUGGAGUGUUUUACUCAUUUAAAAAAAAAAUAUUUACAAGAAUUUUCUUGACAAAUUUGAGAGACUUUUAAAAAAAUAACAUUAAAGGAAUUAUUGGAAUUUUCUUCUUGAAGGUUUUGCAAUUUUUCAGAAAUUUGGGGAGUUUUUUGCUGAAUUUGUAGAUUUUUUUCAGACAAGGAAAACAAUAUUUUGCCCAUCAAUGAGGACAACAGGAGGGUUAAACUACAUAAAAAAUGUUCUUUUUAAAAAAAAAUCUCUGUACUGAACUUUUCAAUAUUUGCAGCAAUUUUAAAGUGAAUCAGGAGUUAAAAAGUCGUGCAGAAUAAAAUCUGUCAUGUUUAAUGUCAAGCUUGAUUGUCAUGUGCCAGUGCUCCGGGGAAAACAAAUUAUUUCUCCAGAACUUUACCCUCCAGAGGGCGCCAUAUCUCUAAAUAUACCCAUGUCUCGGCUCAGGCUGAAAAAACGGAGACAUCUGGUGAGCACAGAAGCACCUGCUGACCUCCUGUUGGCUGGGAGGCAAGCAAUGUGGGAAAAAAAAAAAAAAAAAAUGCAUCCAUACAUGCUUAAAAAUGUAAACGGAAAGUAAAAACACUCACGCAGAAGGUGAGAACAUCAGUGAAGGGGUUUCUUGCAGUGCCUGGUUUGCAAACAGGAAGCAUGUGUUCGGUGUGUUGGUCACAGAUCCUUGCGUCAGCCAAGAAACGUCAGGAUUAAUCUGCAAAUUAAGCACCAUGGGAGGAAAAUGAAACGUGCAGAACUAUAAGUGGACUCGCUGGGGUAAAUAUAGAAAUGUGAGGGUUAAAUUAAAGGUGAUUUGUGGGAGAAUCGCUUUGCUCUGGACUUCUGAAUGAUAAACACUGACUCUCUUUACUUGUCAAAAAUCUAAAUUUGCUGUCAUAUGCAAACUAUUUGGGAACUGGCACAAAUGCACACGCUCUUUCCCACACACACACACACACACACACACACACAGACACACACCAGUUUGUUGGUACAGGCCUGCCUGUGCCUGAAUGAAUGAAUAAGAGCUGCAUGGGGAAUUCAGUGAAUGCACGGCUAAAUCCAAGCUCGGUCUUGAAACCCAGGCAGAGGCUGAGCUGUGUGCCAACAAAGCAGCUGGGUACACGCCGGGCACAUUUUUCUGUUCAAUCAUGCUCUUUGUGAAUAAUAUGUAUUAAUGCCGUCCCUACUUAGACCUGCCAGUUAGCCUUUGGAGAUGAUCCGGCUUCAGGACCCCAUGGCAUUUGAGGCAUAUGUUUGCCUGUCACCUGCUGAGUGUAUUUCAGCCGGUGCGUCAGGCAUGGCCACCGAGAUAGGCCCUCCGAUCACUGCGUAUGUAAAUGUCCCACCACAAGGAACGAUUCCCAUGUCGCCGAGAGACAAGGAGAUAGAGAACUUCAGUGACAUGUGUCGCCCACACCGGACAUGCUUCUAUACGUAGGCAGCACACAUCAAAGACAAAGGAUCAAAGACAGACUGUGUCCCUGCAUUGUAUGAGCAUUUUCAGAAAAAAAUAAUCCUCACAAUAUUUCUGAAAUGCAAAUGAUUCAGACUGUCAUGAUGAUGUAAUUUGUUUGUUGUUGUGAAUUUCUUCUUUUCAUAUCUAAAUGCAGCAAUGGUUACAAGUGGAUGCAAUUUUGAGCAUUUAUAUUUUGCAAAAAAACAGCAAAUUCUAAUUUGGAAGCCUAAAUGUCAGCAGUGCUUUGCAGUUUUUAGUGUGUAAUAGUUUUUACAGGCCGUCUGUAUUUAACUGGUCUGGUAUAGGAGACUAUUCUGCACCUCAGAAUGAUCUGCCCAACAUGCUAUAAUAAUGUAAAAGCAUUCCCAAUACAUUACUCACUUUGAGUAAUCCAAUAAAACACAUUGUAAAUAACAUUUAGGAGCAUGCAUUGAGUCAUCUGUAGUGAAAUACAUUUUAAAAGUAACCUUCUCAACACUGAAAAACUGGUAAUGAGGUACAGUUGGACUAUUCAGCAGCACAGAAUGGUCUGACUCUACCUCACCAACUCUUUUUAAGACCCAUAUGUCAAUAAGAAUAUGCUUAAACUAUAAAAGAAAGGGAUAAAACUAUUACAAGUAUAAAUGUGUGUGCAGAUAAUUGACUUGAGAGCACACAGUUGUAGUCUUCUGUUGUCUUUAUUCUGAGGAACGUAAAUCCAAUAUUUACUUUGCUUUUAGCUCUUUUUUGGUCUCCAUCUCCAGAUGAAACUAUCUGGUUCUUCAGCUGCUAAAUGAUUCACUGUGUUCACUAGUUGGAGCUAACGUGGGUUUAUUGGAACAUUUUAACUCCUUUUUUCGUAUUCAAACAGUGAGAAUUCACUAAACCAAACCAGCAAGUUGAAGGAUAAAAACAAAAUGAUCUGUAGAGCUGAAGGGAACCAGUGAUAAAUGUAUGUGCAUGUUUAUCAAUAUGGAGAGGGUUACUUUGAAUGUAUUUCACUACAGAAUACAGAACAUGCUUUUAAAUGUAAUUUUCAACAUUAGAUAUGACAUUCACAUAAUACUUCCUCCUAAACUACAGCUAAUCUGAAUGGACAUUAUAACACUUUUGUCUGGCAAUAAAAUCCAAAAUCCAAUGUUUACUUGACCUUUUACUCCACAGAAUCAAGUGGACACUAAUAAUCUAAAUGAAUAUUAAACUAUGUCAAACUACA